UUGCCAAUCCCAUCUUCAAAGCAACCCUCAGCGGAGCAGGAGGAGCGUGAAUUUUUUACCAGCAUUUCUCUGCUCUUCUCCUUCAGCCAUCUCUCUCUCUCUCUCUCUCUGCUGGAUCGUCGACGCCCUCGAGUCAACUUGGGGAAACUUGUGAAGCUCUUCAAUCGAUGAGGCAAAAAACCAAAACUUCUCUUGUCUCCCUUGUCGAAAGCUUUGAAAAACCGAACCAGGUGCAGGAGAAGAGAAGUCUGUUGUUCUUAGGCAGAUUAGUGGCUUCCGCUCAAACUCACAACAAUUCUGGCUGAAAGGAAGAGAGCUAGAUCUUUCUUAUUCAAUUUCUGGUCCUUCUAAUGUCAGUCUCUGAAACAUUAGCCUUUCAUCGUCUCAUUGGCAAGGCUUGGCAAGGAAAUGGAGAAUCCUAGAAGAUGACUCGUAGAAUCCCAAGUUGAGAAGGAAAUCCUGCUUCAUAUAUCUCUGUACAUGGAGUCAAAUCUCAUUUACUAGUCAUACAGGAUUCCUUUGACUGCUGUGGAUCAUAAAAACUUGCUUCAGAUUUCAUCGGAGACGACAGAGAGAAGAAGAAGAAGAAGAAGAAAAGACGCCUACGCCACAAAUGAGAAACAGAGAUCAAAUCGAGGAAAGAUCAUCGUAGAAACAAGAGGAGGGGGACAAAAAGGUCUCGGAGUAGAUCAAAAUUUCGCUAUGUUAUUUGCUUUCGGAGAUUCUGACUCCGAUAUCAUGAGGAACUCGUCAUUUAAGAGCUUCAGCAGUGACAGCUACUCUAGCUUCUCCCCCAUAGACAGUGACCUCGCUUUCUCUCAUAGAGUGAUCAGCAGGCAGCGACCAAGGGACUCGAGCUGGGAGGCGAUCAGGAAAGUGGAGAAGGGGAAGGGGGCAAGCGUGGGCGUGGAUGACUUUAGGGUGUUAAGGAAGGUGGGUGAGGGAGACAUGGGGAACGUCUUCCUCUGCUGCUUGAGGGAGGCGGAAGAGGAAGAAGAAGGUGGCGGUGGCAGGCGGUAUUAUGCGAUGAAGGUGGUGGACAAGGAGGUGGUUGUGAGGAGGGGGAAGGUUGGGAGGGCGGAGGUGGAGAGGAAGGUGCUGAGGAUGGUGGACCAUCCCUUCCUCCCCACUCUCUAUGCCGAGUUCGAGGCCUCUCACUUCGCCUUCCUUGUCAUGGAGUUCUGCUCCGGUGGCGAUCUGCACACGCUGCGCCACAGGCAGCGAGGGGCCAAGUUUCCUCUGUCUUCUGCAAGGUUCUAUGCUGCUGAAGUGCUUCUCGCUCUCGAGUAUCUCCACAUGCUCGGGAUCAUAUAUCGAGACCUGAAACCGGAGAACAUCUUGAUAAGAUCCGACGGCCAUAUCAUGCUCUCCGACUUCGAUCUUUGUUUGAUCGGAGCAUCCAAUCCGUUGAUUCAGUCACUCCCGGAUGAUACGUCAGCCUCUCUUCCCUGCUUCCCUCUCAUGUGCAUCUCUAGUAGCAAGCGAAACCGGCUGAAAGCAGGGGUAUUCACAGCCGAACCGGCGGGAACUCGGUCCCAUUCCUUCGUUGGCACUCACGAAUACGUCUCGCCGGAAGUUGCAGCCGGCGAGCCGCACGGCAGCACGGUGGAUUGGUGGGCAUUCGGGAUAUUCCUGUACGAGAUGAUUUAUGGGUUUACGCCCUUCGCCGGCGCCAACAAACGGGAGACUCUGAAGAACAUUGUGCAGAAGCCGCUGAAGUUCCCGGAGGCCGACGUCUGCUCGGGAGAGUACCCGGCGGAAUGCGCGGCCAGGAGCUUGAUUUCCAGCUUGUUGGUGAAGGAUCCCCGCCAGAGGAUGGGUUCUAGAGGUGGGUCGGCGGAAUUGAAGUGCCACCCGUUCUUCAAAGGGAUGAACUUCGCGAAGAUCCGGUCCUCCAAGCCCCCGGAAGUUCCUGGGUGCCGGAAGACGGAAAAGAUGGCGGAGAACAAAAGGAAGAACACGUACAAGAACAAGAAGAUGUCCAGAGUCGACUACUACUAGGAGUCUGGUGGCCAGAUCAAAUGGUUCUGACGCAUGUAUCAUAGCAAA